AUGUCCCUCUACCAUGAAACAGCCACCAUCUUGACGGGUCCGUCGACCCACGGUGGCAGUCUGAAGUCGAGGAUUUUUGGUAACAAAGACCUCAAAUCGCCGCCCGCCCAGGUCUACGCUCUUGCGUUUGAAGCGAGCAAGUGGAGUGCCGUACUGAAGGAGGUAGUUGAAAAUACCCAGCUGCUGCAGCGCGAGCGCAAGCUUUCACCAGUCCUCUCCAUUUUGCUUACACACGACUUGUUGCUCAAUAAAGGCGGCAUCGCACUCCCCGCGUCUCACGGUCUGCGUGCCUCGGUCGAGAAGCACAGAGUACGGCUACAAUCCGAGUUCACCCGGGCCAGACUAAGGAGAAAAUGCCCUACUCUUGACGCGCUCAAGGCGAUGGUCGACGCCCAACUGGGGCCUGCUCAUCCGCGAUGGGUCAGGGUAAACGCUAUCAAGAGCUCUCUCGACGAGCAGCUGGACACGACCUUUAACGGGUUUGAGAUUGUGCCGACUAUCGCCGAUGUCAUGUCCCCUGCUUCAGCAGGCAGAAAGCUGAUCUGCCUCGACGCUCACGUCCCCAAUCUCGUCGCUGCUUCGCCAGGGACGGAUUUCACCAAGACAAGCGCCUACAAAUCCGGUGCCAUCAUCCUCCAGGAUAAAGCCUCCUGUUUUCCGGCCUACCUGCUCGACCCGCGGCCCGAAGACGGCGACAUCAUCGACGCCUGCAGCGCCCCGGGGAACAAGACGACCCAUCUGGCCGCGAUUCUGCACGAGAGAGGGUUCGCACGAGGCCAGAAGAUCUUUGCCUUUGAGAAGGACAAGCAGCGGGCCAAGACCCUCGAGAAGAUGGUCAGGACCGCAGGCUCAGACAGCGUCACGGUCAUUUAUCCGGGCCACGACUUUCUCGAGACCGACCCCAACUCCCCUGAGUUUCGCAACGUCGGCGCCCUGUUGCUGGAUCCGAGCUGCUCGGGAAGCGGCAUCGUCGGGCGGGACGACGCGCCCCAGUUCCACCUCCCUGCCCUCACCAACCCGCCAUCCACCAGCAGCGACGCAAGCAACAACAACAACAACAACAGCAAAUCCCGAAAACGGAAACGGCGCGCAGACGUCAAACAAACCGGACCCGAACCGAAACCGGGACCCGGAACAGAUACAACAGAACCAGAGUCGGAAAAGGACCUGCAAACCCGCCUCUCAGCGCUAGCAAGCUUCCAGCUGGCCAUGGUGGUCCACGCGCUGUCCUUCCCCGUGGCAAAGAAAGUCAGUUACUCGACCUGUUCCAUCCACGCGGAAGAGAACGAGCAGGUCGUGGCCGCGGCGCUGCGCUCCGACGUCGCCCGCCGCCGAGGCUGGCGUGUGCUGCGCCGCGACGAACAGGUCCGUGGCAUGGCUGAGUGGCCUGUUCGUGGGCAGCCUCUUUCUUCUUCUUCUUCCUCCUCCACGUCCGGUGGUGAGGAUGGGAUGGAAAUGGAUAGUACCGCGCUGGAAGGGUGCGUUAGAGCUGAGGCUGGGGAUGGCAUGGGGGUUAUGGGGUUUUUCGUGGCCUGCUUUGUUAGGGAUGGGGUUGAGAAGGACUGGGAGGGGGAUCCGGAUGGGCCAUUUCUACGGGAUGAACGGGGGAGGAUUGCCAGGGACGUGGAUGGUAUUCCGUUUUUGAAGAGCACUGGGGAACGGGCGUUUGCUUUGCAGGAGGAUGAGAAUGAUGGCUUUCCUAUGGAGUUGAGGUUCGCGGAGGAUGGGGAUGGUGAUGACGGCGAUGGGCCGUUUGAGAAAGACGCGCAGGGGAGGAUUAUCAGGAAUGCAGACGGCAUGCCUAGGUUGAAGAGGCAUAGGGUUGAGGAGCAGGAAGAGGAGGAGGAAGGAGGGGAUGAUGAUGAAUGGGGAGGGUUUGACGACUAG